GCUAUUUUUUUUUUUUUUUUUUAAAACCAUGGGUUGUUGUUUACCAGGGUCUGCGAAAAUUGCGAUGACUUUUUCUUUUUUUUUAGUGUGAUUGUACCUGUUAAAGCAAUAAUAAGAAUGUAGAUGCAAAUAAUGGAUUGGCAAUUGCACCUAGACAAACUUGAGGACCAUCAAGUGUGGAGAUUGUAAAGGGUAGGAGGUGGCAGAUUUCAGAUGAUAUGAACUAGAAAGUGGAUGUUUGAAAGGUCGGCCUCUUUGUCUAGGUGUAAUCGAAUCCCGCACUAUCAAUGGCUUGCAUGACAAGCACGAAUGAGGUUUAGCUUGAUAAGUUUGACUAGAAAUCCUUUAAGAACUUAUAUAAGCAAGAGCUUCCCAAAUACAAUUACCUUCCACAUCAAGAAGGCUCUACACAUUGAUUGUCUGCACCUUCUGCUUGCAUCUAUUUACUUCAUUGAGGUUUACUUGGAUCAAUAUUAUGGAACCAUUAGCCACAUAGGAUGGUCAAUUCUUUAACUUGCUUUGAAGAUUGAAGGUGAACUAGUUGUCUAUGCCUUCAAUGGGCCACUCAACUGAAGAUGAUCUUCACACAAAAGAGAUGGACAUCAGAAGUCUGUCAUCCUCGCACCAUCAUUCACAGAACAUGCAUCACAUUCACAAGGUGGGAGUUCCCCCAAAGCAAAACCUCUUCAAGGAAUUCAAAGAUAAUGUUAAAGAAACAUUCUUUUCAGAUGAGCCUUUACGUCCCUUCAAGGAUCAAACUAACUCUCGGAAGUUACUCCUAGGCAUCGAGACCUUUUUCCCCAUAGUUGGGUGGGUGAGAAGCUACAACCUUAGCAAACUUAGAGGGGAUAUUAUUGCAGGACUCACUAUUGCAAGUCUCUGCAUUCCUCAGGACAUUGGCUAUGCAAAGCUUGCAAAUUUGGAUCCACAAUAUGGACUAUAUUCCAGCUUUGUUCCACCACUGAUUUAUGCCUUUAUGGGUAGUUCAAGAGAUAUAGCCAUUGGACCAGUUGCUGUUGUGUCUUUAUUGCUGGGGACCUUACUUCAGGAUGAGAUUGACUCUGCUACAAAUCCAAUAGAGUAUCGACGGCUUGCAUUCACAGCUACUUUCUUUGCAGGAAUCACUCAAGCAACACUAGGGUUUUUUAGGCUGGGUUUCUUGAUUGACUUCCUAUCCCAUGCUGCCAUUGUUGGUUUUAUGGGUGGAGCUGCCAUCACAAUUUCCCUCCAACAGCUUAAAGGUUUUCUUGGCAUAAAAGAUUUCACAAAGAAUUCUGAUAUUAUCUCUGUUUUGCGCUCAGUGUUUAGCUCAGUCAAUCAUGGAUGGAACUGGCAGACUAUACUGAUUGGAGCGGUCUUUUUAUGUUUUCUUCUAUUUGCUAAAUUCCUAGGUAAAAGGAAUAAGAAGCUCUUCUGGGUGCCUGCAAUUGCCCCAUUGAUAUCCGUUAUUCUGGCCACAUUUUUUGUGUUUAUUACCCAUGCAGAAAAGAAAGGUGUUGCAAUUGUGAGACAUAUAGAAAAAGGAAUCAAUCCUUCAUCAGUGAAUGAUAUAUAUUUCCAUGGAGAAUAUCUCGGCAAAGGUUUUAGGAUUGGUGUUGUGGCUGGUAUGGUUGCAUUGACGGAAGCCGUAGCAAUUGGAAGAACAUUUGCAGCUAUGAAGGACUAUCAAAUUGAUGGAAACAAAGAAAUGGUGGCACUAGGAGCAAUGAAUGUUGUUGGUUCGAUGACUUCCUGCUAUGUGGCAACAGGUUCAUUCUCUCGGUCAGCUGUGAAUUACAUGGCGGGCUGCCAAACUGCAGUCUCUAACAUUGUGAUGUCCAUUGUUGUAUUACUAACGUUGCUAUUCAUCACGCCUCUUUUUAAAUAUACACCGAAUGCCAUUCUUGCUGCCAUCAUCAUAAAUGCUGUGAUCAGCCUAAUUGACAUUCAGGCAGCAAUUCUGAUAUGGAAGAUUGAUAAAUUUGAUUUUGUUGCUUGUAUGGGAGCUUUCUUUGGUGUAAUUUUUGUAUCUGUCGAGAUAGGCCUCUUAAUUGCUGUCAGUAUAUCCUUUGCUAAAAUCCUCUUACAAGUUACCAGGCCAAGGACAGCAAUUCUGGGAAAGCUCCCUGGGACCUCUGUGUACAGAAAUAUCCUACAAUAUCCAGAAGCAACUAAAAUUCCAGGCAUUCUGAUUGUGAGAGUUGAUUCUGCAAUUUACUUUUCCAACUCCAAUUACAUUAAGGAGAGGAUAUUAAGAUGGUUGACAGACGAGGAAGAAAAAAUAAAAGAAGACGACCCACAAACAAUCCAAUUUUUGAUAGUUGAGAUGUCACCCGUUACUGACAUUGACACUAGCGGCAUUAAUUCCUUAGAAGAACUACAUAACACUCUCCAGAAGAGAGACUUGCAGCUCAUCCUGGCAAAUCCCGGGCCGACAGUGGUUGACAAGCUUCAUGCCUCCAAAUUUGCCAACUUGAUUGGUCAGGACAAAAUCUUCCUCACAGUUGCAGACGCGGUCUUAUCCUGCAAUCCUAAGUUUGCUGAAGAACCUUGAUAAAGAGUCAUGGAAUGUGUGUUGUUGCGUGAGAGAAAUGAGAAGUAAGUGUACUACAGUACGUGUUCAUGUACAAAGAAAGGGAGAUUAUAAUGGUGGAUGGUGACGAGGUCAUUAUAAAAGUGGACGCUGAGUGGCCCUAAUGAGUAGAAAAGAAAUGAAAAGGGUGCACAAAUUGAGCACUCAAAAAGUUAUAUGAUUGUCUACUUUACAGAAAUGCCCUUAGAAGUCUUUACCUCAGAACCGUCCAUUGUUCUCUGUUUACUACCUAUUAGGCUAUUACACUUCUCACACCCGUGGGGAAUUUUGUUUUCUUCCUUUUGGUGAGAAAAAGAAAAAAGAAAAAAAAAAGUGUCUAAGAAUAUGUAAUAGAUUUUGUUGUUGGUCUUUCUGUAUAAACAUCCAAACGGGCAUUUGGAUUUGUGUCUGAAUAAUACUGCCUUUACAUCC